UAGCGUGGAAGAUGUCAGUGGUGGGAAUUGAUGUGGGCUUUCAAAGCUGCUAUGUUGCUGUAGCUCGAGCCGGAGGAAUUGAGACCGUGGCUAACGAAUAUAGCGACCGAUGUACACCGUAAGUAAAAUAUUUUUAAACUCUCGUUUGUCUAGUCUAGACUAGCCAUACACUUGAGACAAAUACAUUUGUUUUGUGAGAGUGGCCAGUUUCUGUUUUUGCGGCCUGGACAAUUAGCUAGUAGCUAGCUAGUUAGUUAACAGUUGUGUGUACAGGGUACUGCACGUGAAUUCAGCUGCAUAACGUUAGCUAGCUCACUAACGUACAGUCCAUCUAAUUUUUCCAUCCCGCUUUGUCGCCAAUUAUAAUGAUCGUUAUUAUCAGAUGGACUUAUUUCACAUGUGUAUUGAACUAGCUAAUGGUUGCUAUUAAACUAGCAGUUACUUAUAAUACGGAGUUCGCCUGCUAUCAUAGUUAGCCAGUUAGCUAGCUCACCGUUUACUGUACUGGUUUACUUGCUAUGACGACAUCCGUCAAUCGCCGGUAGGAAUAUUCUAGCAAUUUUGCAGUGCGUAAAAACUGUCGUAAAGUACACCAUCCCAAUGAGAUGCUAUGAUCUAAAAUGUAAUAAAAAAUAUAUUCAUUUUACAUUUUAGUCAUUUAGCAGACGCUCUUAUCCAGAGCUACUUACAGUUAGUGAGUGCAUACAUUUUCAUACCGUAUCCUUUCCAUAUCAUUAGUUUAUGGCACCACUGGCCACUUAAAUUACAGCUACUGUCAGAUUUAAGUCAAUACUUCCAUUAAUUUGUCCAGUGAUUUUUUUUAUUUCUCAUUUUUUUUCUCGAAGUUUAAUUAAGUUGACAGAAAAUAGAUGCUACAACUGCCUGGUACGGUCAUAAACUAGGUUUCCAUCAAACCUUCCUACUCAAGUAAAGUACAUGUUUGAUAAAACAUAUUCCUAAUGACCGGCCUGAUUGAAACGGAACAAUUUUCGGAAAACGUAUAAAUGUCGACAAAACAAAAUACACUAGACAAGGUGGGAUCUUUUUGUGUCGAUAAAAUUAAUCAUGCGAUAAAUGUCGGUGGAAACGCUUUUAUGCGCAAUUAUUGAUAUAGCCAUCAUAUCGAAGUACACUUGGAGUCACGCGAUGAAAUGUGUGGUCCUAUCACUACGACUCGGGGAAACCAUGCAGUUUAUUAGGCUACAGAUAAAACAAGUUAUGAUGAAUUUCACAGGGUGGUGACAGUGCAAGGUUCGAUUCCCACGGGGGACCAGUACAGAAAAAAAGUAUGAAAACGUAUGCACUCACUACUGUAAGUCGCUCUGGAUACGAGUGUCUGUUAAAUGACUAAAAUGUAAACGUCUUAAUGCGCCUUUCCAAUAAAUAUCGAGGGUCUUAUUCUGGUGACAUGAUAAUCGAUGCUUGGCAGCUGUUUGACAAAUAAAAAUAAUCUCGCUCUUUUGUCCAUAAUAAUAAUCUCAUAAUGUAGGCUAUACAUGCGCUCUAGCCAACAGCGCGCAGAUAGCGUUGGUAGCUAGAGUGCAGGUGCCAAUACCAAGUGGGCACACUGGCUAUAUAAUGCAACAUUUUUUUUGUGAGAAAACCAUCAGUAGAGUUGAAAAUGUAACAUGUCUUUUUUUAUUUGGUACAUGGGAAUUUAACCGCAAAAGGUAUUUGUAUGUGCAUCACGUCAUCACGCACAGCCUUUAUCUUCAACAAGUCAAUUUGAAUGAAACGCAUCUCUGGUGGGAACAUGCGCAUAUAGUUGUUAUGCGGAUUUUAGAAUAUUCGCAUGAAAGUCUGUCGUCAAUUGGAAUUAGGAAACUCUGAAAUGUUUGACUCGCUAACUGCUUGUAGUUAUGCACGUGCCGCUUUCUAUCAGUUAGAGAAUCGGACAUUUCUGAGUUUCCUAGCUCCGACUAGCUCGUGAACGCUACAUAAAAGCAGGGGUAAGGUACGUUUCCGUUGAACUGUCUUGUGUCGAUAAAAACAGCCGAACGUAAUGGCGUCGCACCUUGUCGACUUCUAGAGUCUUCCUCAGGCAGCAUGGAUAGAAUGAAAUAAUUAAUUAUAAUGUACCAACAUAACAACGGUGAAACUUGCAUUCCUGUAGAUAUGAAAUAAUUGGAUGGUGGAACUUGCAUCCAGCCAACCAGAAAAACAAGUCGACGCAAUUCAGGCAUUCUUGAAAGUCAGGAGAAUCCUUGUCCAGUGAAUUACCUAAUUUUUUAUAGUUGAAAAAAGAGUGCGCAAGCAGUAGGCAUUUAGAUGUGUGUAUGGAUGAAUGUAUAUACAUAUAUAUUUUUUUUUAAAUUGUACAAAUUUAAAUGUCUUACAAUUUUCAAAAGGAUGUAUAGAUUUUUGUAACAAAACAUCACAAACAGAUUAAAACAGAAACACAUACAGGGUUUUUACAUUCAAAGACAUUUGAAAAGCUUAAGAGUAUCAAUUGAUUUAGUUACCUUAUUCUUACAGAGCAUAGUAUUCAAUAUGGCAAAGUAAUUAUAAAAAUCUACCUUAAAAAAUAUUUAAUAGGAUGUUUUUUCUUUAAAUUCAUUUUAUGGAUGUAAUAUUUUGCAAGAAUUAUAAAUGAAUUCAUCACAUAGUUUUUGUUAGUGGAGAAUCUUGGACUAUCAAAAACAAAAAGAACAUCACAAGCUUGCAGAUGGAUGUCCCUACCCAAAGAUCAACACAGAACAUAGUCACAUACACACAUUGGAAAAACAAAUGCUCACGUGAUUCUGUCCCAGAUUGACAUUUACAUUUCUCAUCAACAUUUCUAAUAUAUUUACAAAUACUUUUGUUGGACGGGUAAUAUGAGUUAUUUUAAAGAGUGUUUCCCUCACUUUGUUUGUGAGCACGUACAGUGCAUUCGGAAAGUACAGUGCCUUGCAAAAGUAUUCAUCCCCCUUGGCGUUUUUCCUAUUUUGUUGCAUUACAACCUGUAAUUUAAAUAGAUUUUUAUUUGGAUUAAUGUAAUGGACAUACACAAAAUAGUCCAAAUUGGUGAAGUGAAAUGAUUGUUUUUUAUUUUUUUUGAAAGAAUAUGGCCACAACAAACCUGCUCACAGACCAGGCAAGGAGGGCAUUAAUCAUAGGCAACAAAGAUAACCCUGAAGGAGCUGCAAAGCUCCACAGCGGAGAUUGGAGUAUCUGUCCAUAGGACUACUUUUAAGCCGUACACUCCACAGAGCUGGGCUUUACAGAAGAGUGGGCAGAAAAAAGCCAUUGCUUAAAGAAAAAAAUAAGCAAACACGUUUGGUGUUCGCCUGAAGGCAUGUGGGAGACUCCCCAAACUUAUGGAAGAAGGUACUCUGCGCUUUUUGGCCAUCAAGGAAAACGUUAUGUCUGGCGCAAACCCAACACCUCUCAUCACCCCGAGAACACCAUCCCCACAGUGAAGCAUGGUGGUGGCAGCAUCAUGCUGUGGGGAUGUUUUUCAUCGGCAGGGACUGGGAAACUGGUCAGAAUUGAAGGAAUGAUGGAUGGUGCUAAAUACAGGGAGAUUCUUGAUGGGAGACUGGGACGGAGGUUCACAUUCCAGCAGGACAAUGACCCUAAGCAUAUUGCUAAAGCAACACUCGAGUGGUUUAAGGGGAAACAUUUAAAUGUCUUGGAAUGGCCUAGUCAAAGGCCAGACCUCAAUCCAAUUGAGAAUCUGUGGUAUGACUUAAAUAUUGCUGUACACCAGCGGAACCCAUCCAACUUGAAGGAGCUGGAGCAGUUUUGCCUUGAAGAAUGGGCAAAAAUCCCAGUGGCUAGAUGUGCCAAGCUUAUAGAGACAUACCCCAAGAGACUUGCAGCUGUAAUUGCUGCAAAAGGUGUCUCUACAAAGUAUUGACAAGUUUUCUGUUUUUUUUGUCUUAUUUCUUGUUUGUUUCACAAUAACUAUUUUGCAUCUUCAAAGUGCAAACCCUCCAAAAAUCCAUUUAAAAUCCAGGUUGUAAGGCAACAAAAUAGGAAAAAUGCCAAGGGGGGUGAAUACUUUCGCAAGUCACUGUAUUCAGACCCCUUGACAUUUAAAAAAAAAACGUAGCAGCCUUAUUCUAAAAUUGAUUAAAUCGUUGUUUUCCCUCAUCAAUCUACACACAAUACCCCACAAUGACAAAGCAAAAACAGGUUUAAAACGGAAAUAUCACAUUUACAUAAGUAUUCAGACCCUUUACACAGUACUUUGUUGAAGCAUCUUUGGAAGCGAAUACAGCCUCGAGUCUUCUUGGGUAUGACGCUACAAGCUUGGCGCACCUGUAUUUGGUGAAGCAUGGUGGUGGCAGAAUCAUGCUGUGGGGAUGUUUUUCAACGGCAGGGACUGGGAGACUAGUCAGGAUCGAGGGAAAGAUGAACGGAGCAACGUACAGAGAGAUCCUUGAUGAAAACCUGCUCCAGAGUGCUCAGGACCUCAGACUGGGGCGACGGUUCACCUUCCAACAGGACAACAAACCUAAGCACACAGCCAAGACAACGCAGGAGUGGCUUCGGGACAAGUCUCUGAAUGUCCUUGAGUGGCCCAGCCAGAGCCCGGACUUGAAGCCGAUCGAACAUCUCUGGAGAGGCCUGAAAAUAGCUGUGCAGCGACGCUCCCCAUCCAACCUGUCAGAGCUUGAGAGGAUCUGCAGAGAAGAAUGGGAGAAACUCCCCAAAUACAGGUGUGCCAAGCUUGUAGCGUCAUACCCAAGAAGACUUGAGGCUUAUUGUUUUGUACGUGCAAAACUAAUUUAAGCAGCAGGGAUCUUGAUCCAGGAGGGGAUUGAUUGUCUCUGCUGUAACCAAGAAGGUUGAGCUUGCAAGCUAGCCACUUAGCUAGCAUGCUAGAAAACCAAAUGCAUAGUUGGAGCCUUGAGCUGAAGAUAAUCUAUUUGGCACAUAUUAGAUAGUAAUCUUGUCAUAACUUAUAGUUAUAAGCAGUGGCGUAGCACACACAUUAUUUUGUUGUUGAAGGUAUUGAAAAUAAUACUGUUUGUAUUUCUAAAUACCCCGAUAUACGGUAAACCGCCCAAGCCUAAUGUAGGCUAAACAAUUUCAUGUGAUGACUUGCAAAGUUAUAGAUUACUUUACUUAUCUAAUCUCAGUCUCUGAAUUUUACAUAGGCUAAUUCACACUAAGAUAUGAAAUACCAUAGAAUCUAAAGCACCAUGCACACAGGGAAGGAUCUGUAACCAAUCAUAUCUUGUUCACCUUUUUCAGAGCAUGUGUGUCCUUUGGACCACGGAAUCGUUCAAUAGGAGCGGCAGCCAAAGGCCAGGUAAGCCUUUCUUUAAGACGUAUAGCUAAUACAAGUCAUUAGUGAAAAUAAAGUAGCAUGUUAUUUGACCACGGCAUUUGUUCUUUUUUCUUUUUGAAAGGUUGUAACAAAUUGUAAGAACACUGUUCAAGGGUUCAAGCGAUUCCAUGGCAGGACAUUCGUAGACCCCUACAUCCAGUCCGCAAAAUCUAGCCUGGUUUACGACCUGGCCCAGAUGCCUUCUGGGAUGACCGGCAUCAAGGUAAAUGAUCAGAAGUGAAGAUGAGGCUGAACGGGGAGCUGGUUGAGAUAUUCAAUCUUAAAAUACAUUUUUUAAUUACUCUACUUGUUACUAGGUGAUGUACAUGGAGGAGGAGAAAGUCUUCAGCAUUGAACAAGUCACUGCCAUGCUGCUUACCAAACUGAAGGAGACUGCUGAGACAGCAAUGAAGAAACCUGUGGCUGACUGUGUCAUCUCUGUAAGCAGUUUUACAUCUACUUAGACAGAUGUGAAGAUAGAGUAGGAUUUUUUUGGUUAACAAACUCUCAUGCCUACAGCAAUGCCUAGGCCCUAUAGAAAAGAUGCAGACACACACACACAUACAAUAUAAGCAGUCAAGGAUGGUGUUUUUGUCAACGGUCAUAAUUUCUCCUAAUGUCCUCCAGGUCCCCAGCUUCUACACUGACGCAGAGAGGAGGUCUGUCAUAGAUGCAGCUCAGAUUGCAGGGCUCAAUUGCCUACGACUCAUGAAUGAAACCACUGCAGGUAAUGCCAUUACCAUGCCAACACUGAACAAUGUUAUCCCAUGUAAUCAUGGUCUGAACCCAUUUCUCUGUCUAUUCCAGUUACACUGGCAUAUGGGAUUUAUAAACAGGAUCUCCCUGCCCCUGAGGAAAAGCCAAGAAAUGUGGUGUUUGUAGAUUUGGGCCACUCUGGUUAUCAGGUCUCUGUCUGUGCAUUCAACAAAGGAAAGCUCAAGGUAAGUUUUUGAUAUGUUCGAAGACGACUUUACAUUAUUUUAUUUUUUAUUUUUUAAAGUUAAUGUUUGUUAUUUCCCUUUCAGAUGCUAGCUUCUGCGUUUGACGCAGAAUUGGGUGGCAAAGACUUUGACGAGGUGUUGGUGAACCAUUUCUGUGAGGAGUUUGGCAAGAAGUACAAGCUGGAUGUGAAGACCAAGCCCAGAGCCCUGGUUCGUCUCUACCAGGAGUGUGAGAAGCUCAAGAAGCUGAUGAGCGCCAACUCCUCUGAUCUGCCACUCAACAUCGAGUGCUUCAUGAAUGACAUCGACGUGACUGGGAAACUCAACAGGUUAGUGGAGCGUAAAACAAGUGCUCUCAUUCAUCUCAGUACCUCUGUAUUACAGAUUUGGCCAUCCGCAGUGGAAAAGCCAUGUGUCAGGAAGUGUUUUCAUUCGGUGCAUGUGUAUCAUCAUGAUGCAAGCAGCUGGAUGUGUGUACGGUAUCUAUUAAUAUCCCAUGACCACUGUUGAUCCAGAGGCCACUUUGAGGAGAUGUGUGCAGGGCUUCUGGCCAAAGUGGAGGCUCCCCUGCACAGCGUCAUGGAACAAGCCAGUGAGUAGCUGUCGUAAUAGUAGCUGGAGUAUCCCUGAGCCACGUGUGCAUGCACAGCCUGUUCAUGUUCUUGCUAAGACCUAGAUUGGCUGUUAAAUCUGACUACCAAUGUGCUUCAUGCAUUGUCCAGAGCUGAAGAAGGAAGACAUCUACGCAGUGGAAAUCGUGGGCGGUGCCUCCAGGAUCCCUGCCGUCAAAGAAAGAGUCAGCAAAUUCUUUGGAAAAGAGCUGAGCACGACUUUAAACGCAGACGAGGCUGUCGCAAGAGGAUGUGCACUGCAGGUAUCGUGUCAUGACUCACUGUCCCCAAUGACCUCUUCAGCAAAUGGGCUUGCCGUUUUUUAGCCAUGUCUCGCACUCAUGGAACUUGUCGAUAUUGCAGUAGUUGUCGACCUGAUGUUUACUGGCAUAGCACAAACUAUUUGCAGUAAAUAACUUUGACUGUUGACAUACCAUCAAGUACUGUAUACAGUUGUUAAACACUUAGCGAACAUGUUAUAAUGCAGGUGGUUUAUCUCCUUAGUGUGCAAUCCUGUCCCCUGCCUUCAAAGUCAGAGAGUUUUCCAUCACGGAUGUCGUCCACUAUCCCAUCUCCUUGAAGUGGAACUCUGCUGCAGAGGAGGGGUUAAGGUAAUGAUCUCUUCUUCACAUUUGACAUGGGCUUAUUUAACACUGAUUGCGCUGAACUCUGAUUGGCAGUGACUCACGUCAUCUUCUGGUCUACUCUCCUCCGUCAGUGAUUGCGAGGUAUUCCCAAGGAACCAUGCAGCACCCUUCUCCAAAGUGUUGACAUUCUACCGGAGAGAGCCCUUCUCCUUGGAGGCAUACUACAGCAACCCCAAAGAGCUGCCGUACCCGGACCCCACAAUAGGUACCAGAACAAACAGCCCAGAAACUCUAAAUGCCUCUAAUAAGCUAUAGGCUUGUACCUAUUCAGUUAAUUUUGUACUUUUAAUGGUUGUCUCUGAGGCCAGGUUACUGAGUGUCUUCUAAUACUCCACUUGUGAACUCGUCAGGUCAGUUCAUGGUCCAGAAAGUGGUUCCCCAGGCAAAUGGUGAGAGUUCAAAGGUCAAGGUGAAGGUCAGGGUGAAUGUCCACGGGGUCUUCAGCGUGUCCAGUGCCUCUCUAGUGGAGCUCCUGAAACCUAAUGAGGGAGAGGAGCCCAUGGAGACGGACCCAGCCGGGAAGGAAGAGGAGGUUUGUGUGCACUGUUUUCGUACAGCGCUUACAUAGGCUAUAGCCUCUACCAGGCUUUCACCUCACCGGUAUGAAAGCCUGUGGAAGUUCCUGUCAGAAAGAGGCCAAAAGAAGGUGGAGGGUAUCGAAGUUGUUUGCCCCUCCCAACAAUUGGAAUAGGCACUUUCAAACAGGCAUCAAUUCGAAACCAAAAGCCAAUAAUUUUCUGUUGCCCAUGUGGGGUAGUGUCAUUUCAACCAAAUUAUAUAAAAAAUGUAAUACUUUUUUUUUUUACAAAAUAUCAAUUUUUUAAAAAUGUAGUAUGCUAGCACCAUAAAUUAGCUUACUCUGGAUAAUUAGCACUUCUGAAGAGGGAUGGAAGGGGUGGUUGUUUUUGAGUAAUCAACAUCUACUCACAGCCAAUCAGUCAGCAGCCGCUGGCAAUCAGCGCUCCACUCAUACCCACUUUUCCAAUAUGAACUUGCCCAAGCUCUGGAGAACAACGUGAGGGAGGCCUGGAAGCCAAGGCUACAUGGGCUAUAAUGCCUAUACUCUACCCACACCCAGUUUAUUGGACAAUGAAUCAACCCAGACAUAUUCAGUAAAAGGGCAAUUCAUUCAGCUGUCGUCUCAACAAGUUAAACCUGCUUCAGGAAAGAGAUUAUUGUAUUUUCCUUUGCCUGCUUGUUUUUCUUUUCUUUCACAAUGGUGACUUUCUCCAAUGUGUUAUCUGACCAUCUGUGCAUUGUGACGUCAAGCUAACGUUUGGUGUUAACUCCACAUGAAUGGAGAGCUAACAAAAUGUUUCUUGUCUCAUCAGAGUAAGAUGCAGACUGAACAAGAUGACCAGAAAGCCCAAGGUGAUGGGCAGAAAGACAAUGCUGACAAGAAGUCAGAGUCUGAGGAAAUGGAGGUGACUGACUGACUACAUAUUGAUCAUUCUGAGGGGAUGUUUUUGUAUGUGUUCAUGAUCUAGGUAUGGGACCAGUGCACAUUUACCUAAAACCUUUUGUAUUUUUUUUUUUUUUUUAAUCUCAGACAUCGGAGGAUGGAAAACAGGAGAAGAAUCACGCUCCAUCGGCAAAGAAACCCAAAGUGAAAACGAAGACUGUCGAACUCCCAAUCGAAAACAGCUUGCACUGGCAACUAACCAAUGACCUGGUCAAUCUGUUCAUGGAGAAUGAGGUAAUGUUGUAGGACACCAUAACUAGUAUCAACAUUAAUUACUUUUUCCAAGUAUGAUCUGAUUGGCUUAGCAUCACUGAGACUGGAUAUUCUUCUGACUCUUGUUCUCAUUAGCUGAAAACCUGUCCUGUAUUGAUAUAAACUGUGUAUAAUUGUCAUUGUUUUACAAGCAUAAUCUUAACACGUAACCCUGUAUCUCAUACCACUAUUGUACAGUAUAAAGAAUUUAAUGGGUUGCUUGAGCAUGUUGAUCUGUGUCUACUGAGAGCUGUGGUGGGAAGGAAAGUAACAAAUUGUUUUUAUUUAAAUGUAUAAAUUAUAGUCAUUUAGCAGACGCUCUUAUCCAGAGCGACUUACAGUAGUGAGUACACACAUUUUAUAUUUGAUGUUUCCACCUCAGGGUAAGAUGAUUAUGCAGGACAAGCUGGAGAAGGAGCGAAACGAUGCCAAGAACAAUGUGGAGGAGUACGUCUAUGAGAUGAGGGACAAACUGCAUGGAGUGUUGGAGAAGUUCGUCAGUGAAUCUGUGAGUAUAUUCCCUCAAGCUGGCAGAGUAGAAAAGCACUAGCUAACAGCAAGGCUAGGUCACAUUUAUUUGUAUUAUUCUCAGUGUAUUAUAUAACCUUACAUGUAUUAAAAACAAAUGAUGUGGAGUUACUACAAGUUUGUUUUUACUAAAUGCAGGACCGAGACACCUUUUCGUUAAGACUUGAGGACACAGAGAACUGGUUGUAUGAUGACGGCGAGGACCAACAGAAACAAGUGUACAUCGACAAACUGGCUGAAUUAAAGGUAACAUUGCCAGUCAAUUCCUGUCUCUGAUUCUAGCCUAGGAUGGAUUUUGUUAGGUGACUGAACUAAAUGUCCCUUCUACAGAAACUUGGGCAGCCCAUCCAGGAAAGAUACAUCGAGGCUGAGGAGAGACCAAAAGCAUUCGAUGAACUCGGAAAGCAUAUCCAACAGUACAUGAAGAUUGUAGAAGCUUACAAAACAAAGGUAACUUCUAAGAUAUUGUUAUUGCAUAGUUGUGCACAUAUAGUUUUAUCAACAUUGAGUCACUGGACAUGUAAUGAUAUCUCAAUGUCUCCCAGCAUUGAAACGUUCCUUAUGUCUGUCUUGACACCCAGGAGGAGCAGUAUGAGCAUUUGGACGAGUUGGAGAUGUUGAAGGUGGAUAAGCAGGUGAACGACGCCAUGAUUUGGAUGAACAGCAAAAUGAAUGCGCAGAGCAAACAGAAUUUUACCCAGGAGCCUGCCAUCAAAGUCCAGGAGAUUCAGGCAAAAACAAAGGUUAGUGCUGACAAUAGGUUUGUAUAGUCUGUCAAGGACUCAGUUUUGCCUGGUCCAGGUCCUAAUAUGGCAUAUGGUCAUCCAAAGGUCAGAAUGUCCCAAAUCCCACUUUUUAAAGUUAAUAUUCUGUUAACUCGUACCCAAAUAAUGUUGUGGACUAAUCCUAUACUCGUAUUAAAAAAUUGGAGAAAGAAACCCUUCAAAAACCCCACCUCAAACUUGUAUCUCAAACAGACAGUUUCAAAAAGGCGUACUAUUUCCUCAGAGGAUGAUGAGCUGGCCAAUCAGCAGUCUACUCACGUGAAUAUUUUCAAUGACCGGUAUACGCCCACAUCAUUCUGUUGUUGGGGUAGGCCCCCACACCAUUCCAACACAAAGCUGCUUUUUAACAUACUUAAAGCUGCAAUAUCUAACUUUAGUUAUAGCUUUGUCAUUCUCAUUGAAAGUAAGUCUAAGAAGUGGUAGAUCUGUCUAUGUGUCCUAUUUCUAUGCUUCCCGUUCUUAAUUUUCGUGUUUGCUUCUUUCGGUUUUGUACACCAGCUGAAAAUACAAUAUUUGGGGUUAUUGAAAAAAAAAUUCACAGCGGUUUAGAUGGUACAAUGAUUCGCUACACUGCAUGUUUUGUCACAAACUUUCAUUACCAUGUUUUGGAAGGAAAACGAUUUAACUCGUAUUGUAAUUCAUUAUAGGGCAUAUUUAAUUGAAAUCUGGAAACACUGGUUAGUUACUUUUAACAUCCUCUUUCCCUCUGUGUAGGAGCUUUACUCAGCUUGCAACCCUAUCGUCUCAAAACCCAAGCCCAAAGUGGAGAUCCCCAAUGAUGAGAAGGAAGAACAGAAUGGACCUGUAAAUGGACAGGAGGGCUCCGAUGCCCAGCCAAGCUGCCCAGAGAAGGGUGCAGCAGGGAGCACGGCGGCUCCUGAAUCUGCAGAGGGCAACAAGCUGCCUGAGAUGGACAUUGACUAA